AUGCACUCAUUACGUCCUUGUUUCUUUGUAAACUACUCAACGUAUAAAAGGGCCUUACAGUGGAAGAGUAAUGCAUUCACAUUUCUGACACAAUCUAAGCAAGAACUAGCAAGGGAUAGGAAGCACAUUAAUAAAGAAGAUGGGUUCAAAGAUACAUGUAUACGUAAUAUCUUUGGUGUUAUUCUUUUUCGAUGCGAGUGGAGCUCAGUCCAAUACUUUGAUGUGCGAAAAUAUGGUGCCGAGCGACGCGAGGUCGAUACUAGUAAGGCUCUAUUGAGUGCAUGGAAAGAGGCGUGCGCAGCAGUGGGGUCUAGCAAAAUUAUGAUACCAAAAGGGACAUAUUUACUAGGCGUGGUGGAUUUAAAAGGUCCAUGCAAGGGUGCCAUGCAUCUUGAAGUUCAAGGAACCUUUAUAGCGCCAACAAGCCCUAACGCGCACAAUAAGGCUAGUUGGAUUACCUUUGCCUACAUCGAUCGAUUAACAAUAUCCGGCGGUGGGACAUUCGAUGGGCGAGGAGAAAUUGCUUGGAAGCAAAAUAACUGUGGCCAAAACCCAAAAUGCAAGUCACUUCCAAUUAGUUUAAGGUUCGAUUUCGUCACCAAUAGCAUAGUUCGAGACGUAACUUCCCUGGACAGCAAGAAUUUCCAUGUCAAUGUUAUGGGGAGCGAAAACGUUACCUUCCAGCACUUUACAGUCAUUGCACCGGGACAUAGCAUCAACACAGAUGGAAUUCACAUUGGACGAUCAAAGAGGAUCAAUAUCAUUGAUUCAGACAUUAUCACCGGUGAUGAUUGCAUCUCAAUUGGAGAUGGGAGCCAACAAAUACGAAUCACGAAAGUAAGAUGCGGGCAGGGCCAUGGCAUUAGUGUAGGAAGUUUAGGGAAGUACGAGAAGGAAGACCCUGUGGUUGGAAUUUUUGUAAGGAAUUGCACAGUCUACGACACCGAUAAUGGUGUGAGAAUUAAGACUUGGCCUGCAUUACAUGGUGGCAUUGCAUCUGAUAUGCAUUUCGAAGACAUUAUCAUGAAAAAUGUCAGCAAUCCUAUCCUCAUUGAUCAAGUGUAUUGCCCAUGGAAUCAAUGCAAUCCAAAGAUUCCAUCCAAGGUAAAGAUCAACAACGUUAGCUUCAAGAAUAUUCGUGGCUCUUCAACAACUCCCAUAGCCAUUCGACUUAAUCAGUAG